AUGAAAAUUUACAAUUUAAUCCUUUUAAAUUUUUGUUUUCUUCAAUUUAUUUCGAUAUCUUUUGGAAUGAAUCGAGAGGGUCCUUCAGGAUCGCAACAACCAAGGGGACGAAAUGUUUGUAUUAUUGUAACGAAAUUUAAUAAACAAAAAAUUUUAAUAGGCUUUUACUCGAUUGAGCGGACAAAUUCUUCCUUUGCUUGA